GCCCGGCUUCCGAGGGGAGAAGGCGGGCUGAGGGAGGGCGGGAGGCAGCUGGGACCCUCGCCUGGGCCCCCAGAGCGGGGAGGGGACCGCAGCGACCGACCCCAGCCCGGCGACCGAGCCCAUUCGGCCUGAGGUGACUCCCGUGGUUGGCCCAGCCUUAGCAUGCAGCCUUGAACCUGGCAUAGGCCACCGCCUACUCCAGCUCUCCACACCCCUUAUUUUACUGUGGCUCGGGAUAGAGGCUCUAAGUUCCAAGGUACCUGAAUAGCAUCUCCUGGUCAAGAACACCCCCGCAGCUCCAGAGGGCCCUGUGAGUCCUGCUGUCAGCUCUCUGAGAAGACAGUAUGGCCAUUACCUUGCAGCCCAGUGACCUGAUCUUUGAGUUUGCAAGCAACGGGAUGGAUGAUAUCCACCAGCUGGAAGACCCCUCAGUGUUCCCAGCUGUGAUCGUGGAGCAGGUGCCCUACCCCGAAUUACUCCAUCUGUACUCAGGACUGGAGCUGGACGACGUUCACAAUGGCAUCAUAACAGACGGGACCUUGUGCAUGGCGCAGGAUCAGAUCCUGGAGGGCAGUAUUUUGCUGACAGAUGACAAUGAAGCAACCUCACAAAGCAUGUCAGCCACUGAAGUCUUGCUCAAUGUCGAGGCUCCCAACGACAUCCUGGAUGAGAAGCAGAUCUUCAGCACCUCCGAAAUGCUUCCGGACGCAGACCCUGCUCCAGCUGCCCCUCUGCCCAACUAUCUGUUUCCUGUCUCUGAGCCUGAUGCCCUGAACGGGGCAGGUGACACUGAUGACCAGGAGGGGCACUGUCUAGAGGAGAAGGUCCCCAGAGAGGAAAGUGCCAAGAAGACUGGAAAAUCAAAGAAGAGAAUCCGGAAGACAAAGGGCAACCGCAGUACCUCACCGGUCACUGACCCCAGCAUCCCCAUACGGAAGAAAUCAAAGGAUGGCAAAGGCAGCACCAUCUACCUGUGGGAGUUCCUCCUCGCGCUUCUGCAGGACAGGAACACCUGCCCGAAGUACAUCAAGUGGACCCAGCGAGAGAAGGGCAUCUUUAAGCUGGUGGACUCCAAAGCUGUGUCCAAGCUGUGGGGAAAGCAGAAGAACAAGCCUGACAUGAACUACGAGACGAUGGGGCGGGCACUGAGAUAUUACUACCAAAGAGGCAUCCUUGCCAAAGUGGAAGGGCAGAGGCUGGUGUACCAGUUUAAGGAGAUGCCCAAGGACCUAGUGGUGAUCGAAGACGAUGAGGAGAGAACUGAAGUCACGGCGGCCUCCCCUCAGGCCUCCACUCCCUCAACCUCCUCCACCACUACCACCCGACGAGCCAGCUCCAGGGUCUCGGCUAGAGCUGCUCCCCAGGGCAAGGGAGGCCCUUCCUGGGAGAAGCCAAAGGUUCAGAAUGUUGGCUUACCGCCGUCUGCGAAUCUGGAAUUGGGACUGUCUACAGAUGAGGAGAUCCCCACUACCUCUACUGUGCUGGCCUCUCUCCCAGAGAGCCAGGCCAGACUCACCAAAGCCGUGAGUGCUUCUUCGGUGCCCGGCAACAUCCACCUGGGAGUGGCCCCAGUGGGGUCGGGCUCCGCCUUGACCCUCCAGACGAUCCCACUGACCACAGUGCUGACCAGCGGGCCUCCUGCCAGUGCUGCUUCCACACAGCUCGUUCUUCAGAGCGUUCCGCCGGCUUCGACCUUCAAGGACACCUUCACUCUGCAGGCCUCUUUCCCCCUGAACACCAGUUUCCAAGAAAGUCAGGUGGCGGCACCAGGGGCUCCACUGAUUCUCAGUGGUCUCCCCCAACUUCUGGCUGGGGCUAACCUUCCGACCAACCCGGUGCCAUCCUCUGUUGCAGGGGCUGGACCGGCCGGGCCCAGCCCUCAGCCCCCCGGGACUGUCAUCGCUGCCUUCAUCAGGACUUCCGGUGCCACCGCAGCCUCUGGGGUCAAGGAGGGGCCGCUGAGGCCCUCCUCGUAUGUGCAGGGCAUGGUGACUGGGGCCCCGAUGGAGGGGCUGCUGGUUCCCGAAGAGACCCUGAGGGAGCUCCUGAGGGAUCGGGCUCACCUUCAGCCACUUCCCACCCAGGUGGUUUCAAGGGGUUCCCACAAUCCGAGCCUUCUGGGGAACCAGACUUUCUCUUCUCCCAGCCGCCCCACUGUUGGGCUGACUCCAGUGGCUGAACUUGAGCUCUCCUCAGGCUCAGGGUCCGUGUUUAUGGCUGAGCCUAGUGUGACCACCUCUGGGAACCUGCUGACCAGAUCCCCAACCCCUGCCCCCUUCUCCCCAUUCAAUCCCACUUCUCUUAUCAAGAUGGAGCCCCAUGACAUAUAAAUGAACGGGCUGGGGGAAGCGUGCCUCACCAGGCCGAGUUGAGCAUCCUUUUCAUAUGGACUUCCUCUAGCAGACUGACUGAAGCAGGACAUCUGCCCUUACUUUUUGGUGGGAUCUCAGUACACCGGAUCCCCUGUUCCCGACCCCUGCCUGGUGUCACGGUGGCCACACCAUGCCCAGUUUGAGCGUCCCUGGCAUCAGACCAUGGCCUUCAAGAGCACUAGGGGAUAUGCUCUUGUCAGGGUAAUGGGCUGACUGGGUGAUGGAGGGAGAAAGAACCUCCAGAGAAGUCUGGCUGGGGCCGAUGCAGGGGCUCUGUGGGGAGAGUCCUUUCGUGGGGCUGUUUCGCCGUCUGUGUUCCCUCCACGGGGAAUUUCCUAUCCCAUAUGUGAAUAUCUCUGUAUGUAUUUGUGUGUACUCGUGGGUCUAUAUCUCUGUUUCUUUGGGGAGGAUGGGGGUGUAGCUGUGAGGUCUUCAAGGGUCUGUGUUUCUGGGUCAGCUGCAGAGAUGGUGGGUUUUUUUCUUAAGGGAAAGCAUUCUCUAGUUCCCUUUGGACAAACCAUUCAGUUGCCCUGAGGCUAUGGGGUAUAGGCUGGAUCCCCCAGACUGGGAGAGAUGUCACAGAGCUGGAGCAGAUCCAGGGGAAGAGGGUUUCGACGGAUGUGUGUGCUGGGGAAGACGGAGUUCAAAGGGACAGGGUCGGACCCAGAUACGAAGUCCCCACGCAGGGCUGGCUUAAUUGAAUGUUUGCGUCAAGGGCCUGGGCUGUAAUACCAGCCUUUGCUGGCACACUGGCCUACCCACCCCCCACGACCCGGGGAUCCUCUUCAUUAGUUUUGCCCCAGUGUCUCCCUGCUGUCCGGCGUGGCUGGGGUAGCCGUGGAGCAGCGGACACUGAGGCUGCCUCCCCUCCUGCCCGUGCGCGCCCGCUGCCCAGCCUGCCUUCUACUCACCUUGUAGGUUUGCCAGCCCACCUCCCCACGAUGGCUACCGCAGACCUCGAGCGGACUGUUGGCCCUCAUCGCCGACUCCCACACCUAGCCCUGACUCUCUGCCGAGAAGACAGGAGCCGGCGGAUGUGAGCCCGCAUGACCCUUCUGUCUCUGCCCGGUCCCCUGCUUCCAUCUUCCCUCUUUCUGAGGACGUUUCAACCCAUCCUCUCCUAAGUGAACCCCUCGGCUUCACUCCUCCUUCCCCUUCUUUGCAUUAGCUUGCCUCUCUCCAGCCAAACUGGGGGCGAGCCUAAGAGCUAAGACGCGUCAGCCUCAGAAACAGUUCUAUUAUCUGGUGAAUUUGGUUAAUGUGAAUCAGUGCCCAGGCCCUUGGCUAUGUCCUCAGUAGAAAACCAUCCACUUGAACUAACUACCUCCCCUGGUCGCUGCCAAGCCUCCUGUGUUCUCUCCCACUCUCUUCUUGUUCUUGUCCCCUUCUCUCUCUGGAAAGAACCAUUUAUGGGUGUGCAGGUGUGUUUAUUACACACCUCCAGCACUUGGUAUUAAAAUGUUUUCUUCUAAUAUAAUCCGUUUAUUAUGAUAAAUUCCUGAUGGUGGAAAGUGAAACAUCCUGCAAAAGAGUCACCUUAAAAAAAAAUUUGCACAAAGGCGCUAGGCAGUUUAGGGAGUGGCCUUGCCCCCCUCCCCCACCCCCGAUUUCACAGAACUCCUCAUCUGAAGGUCACUGAUACCCUUCCCUGACAUCAAAUGUCUUCUUCACAGUUCUCGUCCCCCGAGAGCCCUGGCAGCUCGUGACACUACUUCCCCCCCACCCUGCUGCGCCCCCCCCCCCCCAAAGGCUUUCCUCCGUUCUUCUGGCUCUGGCUUGGCUCUUUGGGGACGGGUCUGAGGUCGAGGGCGGCAGCUCCUGCUUACAUUUCGAGCGGCUGGCUGGACAUUUCCAUCCAGAUGCCUGUCAUGCCUCAAACACAAGCCCCUCUAGCAAACAGGGAUUUUUAAAACAUGAAUUUUAAAGUCUUUACACACACACACACACAACCUUUCCCCUCAAAAAACAAAAAGCUGUCAUGACUUGCCUAUUUCUGUUCAUUAUGCCACCAUUUUCCUGACCUUCUAAGCGUGACAUUUCAGAGCCAUCUGAUGGCUGCCUUCCUUUGACCCUGUCCCCUCCCCCAUCUUCUGAAGUCCAGGCCGUUCGCCACGUCUCUGAAAUCUAGCCUUUCUUCCACAUUCCCGGGGCCUCCAGCCUAACUCAGACUUACCAGAGCUCUCCGCUCUCCUAGACACAUCAACACACACCACAGUGUGACUUGUCUCAUUCCCCCCCACCCCCGUUCUGCUCUUUCUCUGCUAAAAACCCUUCAGUGACCCUCACUACCUGUAGGUAGGGGUGAUACUCAGAAUACUGAGCCUCUGAUCUGUUGGGGCAGCUGAGCACCAGCCCUGUAUUUGCUGAAUCUCCAGGCCAGCCAGGGGUCCUAGAGGAGGGAGGAGGGAGCACUUGGGGAGCUCAGGGUUGUAAUUCCCAAGAGUGAGGCCCCAAGGCCUUGACCUGGCAAGGCCCUUUCCCAGGAGGUCCCAGCUGACUUCCCAGUUGUCUCUCACUUUGUUUUCCUGUCCCCUAAAGGAUGGCUCCCCAGGCACAGGGAUUUGCUGGCCUUUUGAGCUUGCCUCUGUUCGAAGUUUCCCACCUCUGUUGUUUUGCUUUACUUGGUUCUGCUCAGCCAGAGUGCUCCCCCCACCCCCCGCCGCUAGUACUGAUUAAAUCGAACCCAUCCGUAAGUCUUGAUGUGUGGAAGCUGCUUCCCCACACCAGCCUACCCUUAGAUGAGUUCAUUCUAAAUUCGCCGCUAUUGCCACUCUUUGGGCAACUGAUCGCGAACAGCCUGUGACAUCUUCUCUGUUAUAAUCACAAGCUGUUACUUAAAUCUUCAAUGACUUGACCUGUUUCGUCUCCCCAGUUAGUGUGUUCCCUUCUGAGGGGUGGGGGGCCAUAGCACCCACAGAGCAGGGCACAAUGUGAAGCAUCUAGUGAGCACCAGCGAACAUUACUGAUUGAGCUGGUGGAGAGAUGGGGACUAAAGUCUGAGGUUGGUGACCUCUGACCUCCCCUCUGCACAGGCACUCACCCCAGGUGCUUCACUGCCCGGGGCCAGUCCUCCCUGGUUCAGUGCCCUCAUGGUACCCCCCAUCCCCACCCCCCAGCCUUGCCCCUGAGACUUGUUACUACUUUGAACAUUCCCUGCCCCUAAAGAAACUUCCCUGUCCGGUUUCUUUUCCUAAUUCAAAGUGUUAAAUUAGCUAAUCUGGUCAACUCACCUGUGCUGAUCUAGUUAUGGGAGAGGGCUGGCGGAGACCCUCAGGAGACAGGUUCAUUUUCACCAGAGUCACAUGGCAGCAACAUCCUUGCCUCUGCCAUGGUGUAAUGGAGUCAGGAGACACUCUCCUCACCCCCCAGCAGCCGCUGUGUUACUCCUUCCUCUGGGCUCCCACAGCACUUGGCCUAUACCUCUCAUUGUAGCACUUGGCACAUGGUAGCUCCUUAGCUAUGUGUUUUUAUGUAUGUUGCCCCUCCAAUAGACUGUGAGCUCCUCAAGGACAGGGACUGUGUGUUAGUCACUGAUGUAUCCCCAGCGCCUAGCACAGUGCCUGGCACACAGUAGGUGCUCAAUAAAUGUUCAUGGAAAGAAUAAA